UUACGGCUGUUCCCCAAGUUAGCUCUCCAAGAAGCGAACGGAAACAUGGCCUUCCUGCACGUGCUUUUCGUGGCCCUGUCGGCGACGUUGGCCAUGGCCCGGCUGACGGGAACUGAAAACUGCGGAAAGCCAGCGAUCAAGGCGAACCUCAUGGUCGAGGACCGCGUUGAAGGUGGAGUUGAGGCCGUAUCGGGAAGCUGGCCCUGGCACGCUGAACUCAACACCGCUGACAACCAGCAUCUCUGUAGCGGUGUCCUAAUCUCCGACCAGUACGUCCUCACGGCCGCCAGGUGCCUUUGGAAAUCAAAGUCUAAGGACAUCAAGGUCCAUCUCGGAUCUCAUACCCGAAACCAGAAUGACCAGGGUGAAGUCUGGCUGAAAAUCGAAGAGGCUUGCGUCUACCCCAACUACACUGGAGGCCACAGGGACAACAUCGCCAUAUUAAAGUUGGAGAAGCAAGUCGAGUUCACAGACCGUAUCUCACCCAUCUGUCUCCCGAAGGAGAACCAGCCUCUUCCACAAACCGUCUAUGGAACUGGAUGGGGUCACAGCCACGCGGACCACACCCACACCCAUGACCACGACCACGGUCACGACCACAGCCACGACCACGACCACAGUCACGACGACGAGCGCGCCCCUCGCCUCCGUCAAGCCUUCGUCGAUGUUAUCACGAACGACAAGUGUUACGACGAAAGUCAUAGCCCAGUCCCGAACACUGUCUUCUGCACCUUCCUCAGGUUGGGCUCGCCCUGCCAGCACGACCUAGGAGGUCCCAUCUCCAACAAGGUCGGUGGCGUCUGGACCGUAUUCGGUCUCGUGUCCGGGGGCCACGAAGGUAAGCACCCCAUGCUGCACACGCGUGUGUCUCUGUACCUGGACGACUUCAUCAACUACUUUGCUGACGCUGCACCAGGAUCUGUUGACUCCAAGCGCUGCCUUCUUGUCUAAAGUCGUCAACAUCUUCAGCAAUAUAUACUCUGUGAUACUAGCAGAUAAUAAAAAUAAUAUGCAGUGAGUUAA